UCGAGCGUGUGUUGUGUUGUGGUCCUGCGAGCUCGCCGUGCUCGCCUCCUACGUGCUUCUCGUUCAUCGUCAAGAGACUUUCGGGCGUGAUUUCGCCUUUCCUCCGCCGAUAAGCCAUGUUUUUCGUCACGCCGCUUCGCUUGUCGCCGUGAUCAGGCCAUCUAUCUGCGCUGUUAAGCCACCGACCGUAUUUUAUUUCCAGCGAGCGCGCGAUCAGCGACCGCGGUCUGGAAACAUGGCUUCGGAAGAGUGGUGCAUCUACGUCUCGUUGGUGCCGGAGAAUUCGUGCAAGUUCGAGCGACACAAGCUCUCGAGCCUCAAGCUCGAGGAUAAGGUGUCGGCGCUGCACACCAAAGUGGCCGAGAUGUUCGGCAAGGACAUCGGCGAUCUCGAGUUAGUUUUCCUGGGCAAAAUAUUGAAGCAGGACGACACCCUAGAAGCCAGUGGGAUCCAGAGUGGCAUGACGGUGUUUGCCUAUCCUCAUCAUGAGCUUGAGAAGCCAACCUGCACGCUCGACAUGCAGGACAUCCCCAUGAUAGCAUUUGGCACUGCCUUGGUCAAUCCAGCUUUUCGAACAGUGUUGCAAAGCCUCAAGGAUCCAAGUGUUCUGGAAAACGUGAUGGCUGCGAAUCCUGCCCUGGCUGAUGACCCUGUGGCCGUCGGCAUCCUUCAAGAUCCGGAGCUUAUGACGCUGCUGGCGAACCCAAACUUCCUCCGAAAAAUGGCGGAAAGUCACCCUGCCCUGGUGGAGGCUGCAGUGCAAAUCGCCGUGUCGUUUCACGAGGAAGGUGCCGCGCCUGGGCGCUCUGCGUCGCCACCACCCGAGGUGUCCUACUCUCUCGAGGCUCUCAGCGAUGACGAAGACCUGGAAGGGCAGCUUGAACAGCCAGCAGGAGCCGGAAGUGGCUUGUUCUCGCCCAACCGGAUCACGCCGGCGCAGCUGGCCGCGGCGCUAGCCGCUGCCGCAGCCAAUCCGGGAAGCUCUGGAUCGUCCUCUCCACCAGCAGCCUCAGGCAGCCCCCUGAUUCCUCCCUCGCCUCGGCUGCACGCGCCACCUUCGACGCCAAGGAACCCGAUAACGUCGGAGAUGCUCAACAGCGCGGUGCAGACGGUGUUGGGGUCCCUCGCUCCUCCGCCAAAUGCGACUGCAGCUGCGCCACCUUCACCAUCACCUGCAGGAGCCCCUGCAGCUGAAGUGGCAGACCCUGCCGUCACAUAUCAGAACCAGCUCCAUCAGCUGCGAGACAUGGGCAUCGCCAAUGAUGCGACUUGCCUGCAGGCCCUGGUUGCCACGGGAGGCGACGUGCAAGCCGCCUUGGAGCUGCUCUUUUCGGACUUUGGCGAUAGUGAUCCUGCCAACAUGCCCACGUAACUUUUCCUGUAAUCUGUAGGCAGGUGCCGAAACCUUCCUUGUCGCGCCCAUUAACUUGUGAAUGUUGUCCGGAAAACAAAAAGAAAAAAAGCAGCAGUAUGACAGCAACACGUGUCGACGUUUAGCUGCCGUUUCAAAAAAACUAAAUGUGUAAACGGUAUUGUUUUUGCAGUGAUGCACAGAUCUUGGAGAUGGUCACAGUAAACGCAAAGCUUUUACUGCCUCCUUGUUCACUGCUUCUGCCUUGUUACCCCUGGUAACUCUGUCACAUGUGCCCUCUGGAUAUCCUGUAUGUCGUGAGCUUCAUUUAACUGGAUGCAUGAUGCAAAAAGUUUUCUGUUCAGUGCAAGAGAAUUUACGUCGAAGACACGUUGGGCAGUUUGUAGCCGAGUGUGUUACAAAAAACGUAUUGGCAAGAGAAGAACACAGUUGAAAGAAACACUCUCGCCAGCAAAGACUGCAAAAAAAAAAAAGUGUGUAUAUUGACGAUCAAAUGUACUGUAAUGAUUGCCUGCACAAAGAAUUGCAUAACUUAUCUGAAUAAUUAUCACAUAGGUGUACAACAUUCAAUUUAUUAGUUACGCAGUGUAUGCAAUGAUUCUAAGAGCAGGCAGGAUGAUCCUUGUUUCUAAUGAUGAACAGUUUCCCUUGGCCGCACUAUUGGUAUUCGUAAAUGCGAAUAUUUUUCUAAUACAUUUAGAAUACUUCAAAAUGUCAACUGUGCCCAAAUAAACAAAAAAUUGGUGCGAAAUUAUGGGAAAUUUUCAUCCCCUCGGGCACAGUAUGUAUAGAUAUAAAACAUGAGAACUUGCACAGUGGAGCAGGCUGCGUCGCUUAGGUAGCCAUACUUUACAGGCUAUAGCCAUUCGCACUUUCUGAAGAGUCCUGUGCAUGCGAAAAAACUAACUUGUUUGCUCCUAAUGCUCCAUUUGUGCUUUAUUUUAAUAAACACUUGAUAAUGUGCUAUGUUAUGACAGAAAAUUGCUAACUUUAGGAAUACUAAGAUGUGAACAUCAUUUUAUAAUAAUUGUGAUAACGGCUAUUUAUUACUCAAAAACUACUCGAAAAUUAUUCGAUGUUCGAUUCGAUUCGGUCUCAAAAAUCACUAUUCCCACAUUCCUAAACAUAGGUGUUAGAACUAAAUAAAGUGAUAUUAAUAUUUCUGAAAAACUCUUUUAGUGUUUGUACUGUGCUGAGGGACGGAUUAGAUGGCAAAAAAAAACUCAGUUGAAGAUAGCACACUUCCGGUGAGAUUUAGGUGGGAUUCUGAAUAUAGGAUCCUGCCUUAGAAAAUUUUCCGGUGCAAUAUAGGGAUCCUGCACUGUGCUGGUAGUCUCUGAGGCCAUGCUCUGCGAGCUACUGUAGCCCUCGGCAAGCAUAGAGAGGGCACCACACUCCUGCAACUGUCACUGGCACAGCAGCUUGUGUUGUCAUCGUCCUUACGUUCCUUCUCUCUUUUUUUUUUUUUCAGUGCAGUUAUAUCAUGUGAAAAGUGUUCUUAAUGUUGGGAAGUUCCGACAUUAGGGAGCACCGGAAUAUGCCUGGGAAGCGAAUAAAUAUUUAAUUUUGCGGGAGGCGAUGGGUGUGCUGUCAAUGACGACCGCACUUGCGGGUGUGUUGGCCUUGGAAGAAACCUUUGUGUGCCUCCAAUUCAAGAAAUAACACAACAGUGACGUGGUAUUUUAGACAUUCAUAUCAGCACCCUGCAAGCACAAGUUCAGUGUGCAUGUGGAACUUCGUCUGUAGCUGGUUUCCAUAUUUCAGUGUGUGAUGCUGGUUUUGCUGUACCAAUAUUGAGAGAUCGUCUUUCAUUAUCUGCUGUUGCAUUUGUGUUUGUGAACUAGUUAUUGUGCUUUCUUUUUUUUUUCACUAGUGUUUCUUGUUUUCCCAAAGGUGUUUUAUGAUGUCUAAUGGCUGAAAAGAGCAGACAUGAUGCUUGCUUUACUGAUCGAAGAGUCACGUCUGACCUAGUCUCUUUUGCUGCAGCGGCAUUUGUUAGUCAUCUCACAUGCUGGCCAUUUUGAAGAGGUAUCUCGUGCGUUUGAGGUCCUGGUCAUUCAUUUUUCUUUGUUCAGUCUUUUUUUUUUUUUUUUUGCAUUCAAAUUCCUGUUAUUCUUUUCAUUCCCUCUGGAUGGCAGUUUUGCUUGCUGCUAUGUCGGUCUGCAGAGACCAGUAGGAAGCCAAAGCACACACUCCGUCUUUUGUCGCUGUGGCAGCUAAUUCUUCACAGCGUGCACUGAUUAGCUGAGGUUCUUGUGUCAGUUCGAACCAGAUGCAAGGCAUGAGUGGAUUGACAGUGCUUGUCACGAAAAAAAAAUCUAGGCAUCCUUAAUUUGCAUAAACUACUUUAAAAAUAGGAAUAUACCUAAGCCCACUGUGCAUAUGCUUAAAUAUGUUCAGCGCAGUGCAUCGGUUUACUGUUAACUCCAAGUUAGUAUUUUUUUUACUUAGUUUUGAAGAGGGGCCUCUGCAAUAAUUUUUUACCAUUUUAGGUCUGCCCGACAGAUCACAUUAACAACUCUUUUCCUGUUAAGUUGAUGAUACAGUCAUGUUAGAUUUUACACUAAUUUGGUGUUUCUUUUAAGAGCGGAUCAUACGGUUUGUUAAAUGUUAGUGGGUGUUUAUGAGUGGUAGCGCUGUUCAUUGGCCACCUCUGUUACAGGGCGUAGCCUCUGCAUACCCACUAUGUUUUCCUGUACUUGUCGGAAGUUAAAAGUGGUAUUACACACACACACCAUCGUUAAUGGCAGUGACACUAGUGUGCAUGAAUUGGCCUUCGUUAAUCACCAACGGUAAAAGCUAGUUCAGAAAGUCAUACUUGAGUGAUUAGCAAGAAUUGGCUGCAGCACAUAUGCGAAAUUUCCCAGCAAUGUAGACCGUUUGUUUUCAGGCAGGGCUGCAAAUGUUGAGGAAUAUGCAUUGAAGCAUUCCUACUAGCAGCCGUGUGAUGUUCACGUAGUGGGAGAAGUCGGUAUGUACAGUCAGUGUCAAAGAUUUAUGGAACACGGAAUUUGAGAUAAAGCUGAAUGUUUACACAGCCUGAGCACACACAGCCUUGUACGUAUUCAGGCUUAAAGCUUGUGUGUGGGAGCAACAUGGUGUAAUGCCAUUUUCCUGGCUGUGGUUUCAAGCUGCUUUGAAAUCGCAACAAUUUCUCAGAUCUCACAGUUUGUAAACUUUUGACACUCAGCUGUGCACAAGAGAACAAGCCCAAGUUAAACAAUGCACAAGGGAUGAAGUGACAUGAAAGCUGUCCUUCCUCCUCCAUUGUGCUUGAGUGGUUUGUACUUUUGUCGCUCACUCAAACGCGUGACGUCAUUUCUGCAUCAAAGGAUGUCUAGGUCGGACUGUUUUCAUUGAUAAUCAGUCCACUUUUGCAAUCUUUUUUUGCUCACGUGUAGAGUUGUUACAAUUUCUUUUGCUGCCUUGCCCCUGUUCUAUCUGUGCAGUCACUACGAUCAGUCACUACGAAAGGAUCAGUCACUACGAAAAUGAAUGGAGGGGUUCAGGCAACACCUAGGUUCCUGCAGUUCCCAAAAUUGUAACUUUCCCAGUGUGUGUAGGUGACUUAACUGUCUUAACUACUUUGAUGAUCUCUUCCUUUAGGUUAUAAAGCGUUGCUCGCAUAAGCAACUAGAAUUGGGCUCAUAUAACAAAAUGUGCAAUCCUUUUUUGGAAGAAAAUGUUCCGUUUCGGUGAAGUGUGAUCAUUUUGGUAGGGAACUGUCUUUUUUGCAUGGUGUUAUCCUUUUUUUGGUGGCUUAGCUUGAGUGCCAGGCGCUGAAUUGUCUGACCUUGUCAUUUGGCAUCUUGCCUUUGUGAUAAAGUUGCACACUGUGAGAUUUGUUAAGAAAUUCAGAUAAUCUACUUGAAUUUCAAAGCAAUUGAGUUUAUCGUGUCGGUAAAAAAAAGCAACAAAAAGUGCCCCACUUGCAUGUAACUUGGCAUAGCACUACUGCUUGUAGAACUAUCAUUUUCUGUACCAAGAGGGCUGAAGGGGAUCUAGCUGCAACCUCUUCCUCAAGGAUCAUUUCCAUCUCGCAAAGGAUAUGUGUGGCUCUAUAAUAAAAUUAUCCUUAGCUGUCAGAAAAGAUAAGAUUCAUUCAUCCUUCCAGAUGGUCAUGGCUCUAUGACCAAAGCAUUGAUCUUGCCCUUUCCCUGCAGCAUUUCGGUAGUCAUGAUAGCGUGUAGUCAAGGUGGUGACUGAGGCAUUGUUAUGAGUGUGUGACAUUCUGUAGCAGUUAGCUUGUAUUGACUGGUUUGCAGUCGUCAGAUAAAUGGCCUUUAGGCUCUCAUAACGCACAGUGAAAGUUUACAUUUACUUGCAGCACAGAUGCAGGGCCCUUUGUUUUUAUGAAAUUGGAACAGUUUCAUAAGCACAUGACCUUGAAGGGGUGUGAAUCUUGUGGUGGGUGUUUUGGAAGUUGGAUGGAUGCAUAGCAAUUUUCUGGUCAACAUUGUUCUUCUUGCUGUUUAUGUCUAAAAACGUUCUUCUUGCUGUUUAUGUAUGACGACAUAAAUUUAAAGGCAAUAGGAUAUCUUUUAGAUUAUUUUGUUGAGUGUCAAGGAUUUGAUUGUAGAUAAAGGUUCUGUGGGUGUAGAUACAUAGCGAUUGCAACAUAUUGCAACGCACAAAUUUUGUUCACCAUUCUUGACUGUACUGAGUGGAUUGAAACUCGAAACUGUGGUAUCAAACUGGUCCACACCACACACCGACCUUUUUUGUAUACUAUACAAUCACAUGAAACCUAGGAAACUGCAUUUCGACUCAACAUUUCCAUAACUUUUGGUGGAAAUUCCUUAAACACUUUGCCAUAUGUUAACUAGGAAAACAUGAAGGCAUUAAAAAGACAGACAAGAACUCACCAGAAUUUAUUGUUUGUUACGUUAUUGUGACGUGUUGCCAAGGAGACAACAGGCUGGAUUCACAUAAAUUGGGAGGCAUUUAGGGUAGGUUUAUUGGACCAGAAAACAUUUACGUUGAGGCAUAGGACACUCCAUUUUGCAGAAUAACAGUGCUAAAUGGUGAAAAAGAGCAGUGGACACAAACGAAAAAUCCGGCCAAGCAUGUUCAAAAGGAAAUGUAGCAAAUUUUUUAGAUGUGUCCAGGAUGAUGUAACAUUAUUUACUGGCUUUGAUUUGUCAGCAGCUGGCAUUAGUGCUUAGUUGUACUUGUAGGCAUUUGAUAUCGUCUUUUAUUUUUUCACCUCCGCAUCAUUAUCUUGGUACCUGUUAAACAGUGGCAGUCAAAAGAAAUGUGUUUCCAACAUAUUUUCGGCGCUCUGUCAUUUGGCAUCUGCGCAUGUCCGUUUUGUGCCUUGCUGUGACCGCGCUGCAAGCCUGAUCAGUAUGGGUUUCGUAAAGGUUUAUUGAAUGAUGCGCAUACUCCAGACUAUCAACACAUCGGCUGUAACAACAGUGUGGUCAUCAUCUGGCGUUAAAGGUGGACACACUGGUGCUUAGCGAUGUCACGUUCAAGAUAUGCAAGAUCUACUUUCUGCAUGGCUGCAGCUUCACAUAUUAUUGUGCCCAAAUUUAGCAUUUCACUUAAUGGCAUUGAGUCGCGCUGUGUCAGAUUGAACUGAGAAACAUUAUUUAAGCAUGCGCAUGUGCUUCUAUAUUGUGGAGAAAUGUUUUUUGCUAACGCCAGUUUAUCCUGAAAAGCAACAAAGGAAGCUUUGUUUUGAAAGUUCCAUGGUAUUAAAGGGGCCCUGAACUGUCCCUCGGGCUUGGUGAAAUAACAUAGUCCACGGGUAGCAUACGCUGUUGUGAACAUCUCAGCCACGUUCUGCUGUCGUACGCUGUCCGUGGAGCUCGCAAGCGGAACGCGAAGUCACCUUUCUCUCAAACGCUCUCGUUUCAAAAGACCCGAUGAUCCUCGCUCUUUUCCGUGUGCUUUAUUUCAUAAUAAAGCACACUCCAAUACACGGCUGCUAUUGGUCGCUGCGGUCGACUACAUCGCGGCCGCCGCAAGGUGCCGCCACGAGUCCAGUGGCGAAGCGCACUGCGGCUUGCUGAGGACAACUGCGUUUGGCUUACGUUUAGCACUUCGUGGGCACCAAAAUGGGAAGUUCAAAAUUAAAUUUGAAUUGCGCGCUACGGUGACGUUUCUGAGGCGGAGCGUUGUGGCCCCGCCCCACUCCGCCAUAGCCUUCGCAGUGCAAGGCAUUGAAGGAGGAAGGUGAGCACAGCAGAGUCUGUGUUUGAUUGCCAAUAACUCCGCUUCUGCUGAAUGCAUUGAAGUACUUUUUGCGGCAAAGUGAUUCUGAAAUAGCCUAUUUUCACUUCAAAUGUAUUUAUCCACUUCGAUAGAAAGUGGUUCAGGACCGCUUUAAAGGCGGCACUGCUCGCUGAACUGCAGCCAUUGGCUGCUUUUGUAGAAAUGACUCGAAUGAUUGCUUGUCUAAUGGCAGCCUUUGCCAUUUUCUAGGAAAUGACUCCAAGGGUUCUAGGAAGCUUGGGAAAGGUAGCAGGUGGUUGUAUGCACAAGCUACUUGCCUACAUCAAGUGUGUUUUUAGAGAGAUAAAACGGUAAAAGCUAGUGUGGACAGCAUUCUAGCCAAUUUCAUUAAGCUGAAAUAGGUACUGUGUAUAUUUUACAGACCAUUGACAUUGGCAGUUCAUGUCAGACUCUUUUGUGUCUGCAAGGUUGAAUUUUACUGCUAUAUCUGUUAUAAACCAUUGAAUCAUAUCUUUUGGUAUUCUUCUGGUUUAGCAUUUUUAUCUUACAGUACUGCCAUUGCAAGUUGUCAUUAUUAGCACUUUGUCCCUACCAUCGGCUACAUAUCACAAGUUUCUUUAUUACUGAGAUUAAGAUGCGAGCACUGAUGUAAAUUGAGAAAUGAAUCCAGGAACAUCAUUGGUGGUGACGAUGUGGGACGAGCCAUAACACUGCAAACAUUCUCGUGUUGCACAACUCUCUUUUUAGAAGAAGAAAAAGCAUGAAACUGGUCAUCGUGUUGUUGUGUCUCUGCUGACACUGUAGUGGACAAAUUAAGCACAAGUGGUUAUUGAAACAUAAAUUUUGUGCACUUUGGUUAAGUGCACUAUCACAAGGAUGUUGCCUAAAGUGUGCCUCCUUAGGUCCAUACUGUUUUCAGUAUUCCGUCAUUCGUCUACACUAGAAAACCUCCAUUAUGAUGUGACCCUACUAGCAUUCAUAGACAACAUUGCUUGUUGUGGGUAGUGUUAGCCUGAAACACUACAUUAUGUCUUAGCAGUACUACUAUAAGUGCGUGUGUCGCAAUCUGCAAGCAACUUUAGAAACACUCGAUACGUUCGUGGCUGAUUUGCGUUGUCUUGCCUAACGUUUCACUUGACCUGCACAAAAUGUGCACCACUGCAAUGUUCCUCUCUCACUGGUAAAUGCGAGUGAUGGUAAGGCUAAAUUUGAAUUUUUUUAGAAUUUCAUCACUGACAUUUGUUGCAAAGUAAUCUAGACCGAAAUGAAGCAACAAUUCUAUUCUUAUUCCUUCCCUUUUUGCAUAUUGUCAUUGGUCUCCAGUGAUACCCUACUCAUACUAAUGCCAGCAUCAGACAGUUGGUGCACUGGGUGAUGAAAGUGGAAUAGAACCAAUGUAAAGAACAAGAGCUGGAAGUCAGCAUUUUACUUGCUGCACUGGAACUGUUGAGGCUUCAUACUGUGGCUAGUGGCUUAAUAGCUGUGUAUUGAAUAUUCAGUAUUGACAGCCAUGAGCAUUUAUCAACGCUUUUUAAUAUGUACCUCAUAAAUAGGAUUAUAUGCAGACUUUGCACAAAAAGGAAAUAGUGGCACAGAAUGUUGUGUGGUGUUAAUAGUCGCAAAGCUACUGACCCAAGUAGUAGUUGAGUUGAACUGAGAAGUUGCUGUCAAAUGAAGGUUUACUGCUCCACGUUUUCAGUGCUACAGUUCAAGAUUUGGCACAGUAGUUUGGAUUUCAUUUGAAAGGUUUUACUAGAAAUGAUGUUGCAUAGACUCUUUCAGUCAGUCCCACUGCGCAGCAUGUGGCUUCAAGAGGCAGCUACUUCUGUGAUGUUAGAGUCUCAGUUUUGUGAAAGCUGUAUUGAGCUGUAUUCUGUAUUCACACUCUAGCUUAUGAAUAUAUAAUUUUAGGAGCAUGGAGAUCCUUUAAGCAUGAUUAAUACACCUAUUGUGUAGGAAAAUUCGUCCUUUGCGCAAGCUUAUUAAUGGCCUUAUUCUUUGGACAAUGCCAAUUUUAACACUGACCAGCCAACAAAACAAAAAACAAUGAGCUUCCAUUUUGGAGUUUUGUUUAUAACCUAAUAUGAAGUUUGGUUGACGCUUAUGUGCAGAAGUCGGCAAGCCAUGUGUUUGCAGCUCAUACAGGACUUGCUACAUGUUAAGUUUAUGGCCUCUUUAUCUGUGUGCAGAGCAAAAUCACUGAAACAUCUUGAAAGAAGUAACACCUUUGCAGCCAGCUAGGUGUAAGGAAUUGCAGUUAAGUGCACAUUUAUGUGAUAUUUAUGAUACUUGUGUCUCACGGGCAAAGUUAACGCCAAUAAGAGUCUGGGACCUCAAGUUUCUUGAUGUCAUUAUAUAAAAAGUGAUGGCUAUACGAAUAUUUUUCAUCUCAAUAAACAUGUUGACACUAGCUACAGUAAAUGCAACAAGUUUAUUGAUCACAAUGUUAUUAAAAAGUUAUUUAUCAGGCAAAAGUUCCAAGAAACACUACUAAAAAUGGGAACAGACAUGUGUAUUUCAGAUUACUUCAGAAAUAUCUUUUUAAUGUAGUCAUAGCUGCUAACGCUGAGAGCGACAGUAUGCACUCAAGAGCUGAUGGAGCUGUGAGAAUGCAACAUGCUGCAAAUGCCAUUCAAUUAUAAUGCCUUGAUGCAUAUCCCUGUGGCAUGGCACAAAUGCCUCUAAACUUUAAAUUUAGCAGUUAAUGUCAUUUAUUGUGUCUGUGUGGCAUGGGUAUUAAGUAAUAUAAAUGAUUAAGAUGAUCACAGAUCUCAUUAAACCUUAAAAAAAUAUUGCUCCAUAUUCAUUGUCUGCUAGUAAAUGUUUGUGCUGUUUGAUUGUGUGUUUCUGCACAGGGAGUGCCCAAACCUUGACAUCUAUAGCUACUUAAUAUUUGUGCCGAUGUAGUUUUCCCGCGAAAUUGAAUGUGACAUUUCGACAGUGUACCGUGUUUCAACUUGUACAAAAUUUUUCGCAUGCUCAAGAGACCUUAUUGUGGGCGUUGUUUCAGAAAAAGUAACUGAACGUUUGCCAUGUUUGUGGCACAAACACCGAAGGUGGUCACUUGUGUGUCACACAGUGUGGUCACUUCAUGUGUGUUUUGUUGACUUGGUCUCAUUGUCCAUACAAUUAAACGUUGUUGUGCUGCAAAUAAAAUUUGGAGGGGGUGGAAGUAUUUUUAUGCAUGUCGCUGUGUUAAGCCACCUGUUCCCAUAGCGAGCGUAAUGUUGAACUUGGAAGAAAAGCUGUGUACAAAUUUUUAACUAGCACUCUUGUCAUCGUAUGUUAACUUCUUGAGAUUUGUCUUUGUGUGACUGCGAAAGAAUUCCACAGAAAUGUGUUUUUUGGAAAUGCAUGGCAGUGGGAACGUAAUCCUCUGUGAUUUUCAUUCACUGAGAAUGAUGCUCUCUUUCGCAAACAGUGGUGUCCGACAUGCAGAAACGGUGGCGCGGUUUUCUUUGAGAAACCUCAAUUUCGCCUGAGGUGUGUAAUGUAUAAGAUAAAGUGGCUCGAGGAAGUAAUAUCCAAGACUGUAUUAGCUGAAACGUGCUUCGCAUUGCUUGGGAUCAGUCUGGAGAAGUUGAACCUUUUUUGUGAAAGCCAUUUGGCUCUGUUGUAUGUGCUGUUUGUCACCACAAACACAGUUCCUGUGGUGUUUAGUGCCUGCAAGACUGCAGUGUUACCCGAGUUCGGCUUUACUUUGAUGUAUAAAGUGCAAUAUACAAAUAAGGGUUGCGAUGAGAACGGACACAUGUAUGAACACCUUUCUGACAUGUGACCAUUGCUUGUUUGAACUUCCAAGUUUAGAUAAAAGUGACAUUUGGUGGCAGCUUUUGUAUGAUGUUAGGUUUGGCGAUGGUAAGCUUUCAGAAUAUUUUUUUUUCUUAGAAUGAACCGCAGCUUCAUCUGUGGCGAGGCCCAAACAAAUUUCAGCUUCCUCAUUACAAACACUGCAGUGUGCCAUCUGUUAGGAGACACAUCUCUCAGCUUCCCACCCACCAUGCUGGUUUGCUAGACUGCGCUAGCUGUUGCAUGCUUUAGUUCUGCCUUUGCAAAAAGCAACAUGGAAAUUAAUGCAGGAAAGUUGCAUAUGUUGGUCCAGUGUCACUGCGAAUUGUUAAUGAUUUUUAGUUUGGCGAGAUGUCUGGUAGAAUCAAUAAAUGUAGUUAACUUGUCACCAAUUAAAAGAAGCUUUCAUUUGCAUACAGAUAAUAGUUGGCAGAUCCGAAUGUUACCCUUACCGCAAGCCAUUUCUGCUGCUGUUUUGAGAACAAUAAAGAUGCUCUUGUCGCUUGAGUCAUGCAGUUAGCACCAAUAAGUUCACAGAAAGUUGCCAUUUACAUACCCGCAUAUGCAACAACUCUGCUAGUAACUAGGCCCUGCCACUAGAAACUCUAUGCCACCUAUUGCAUCAAAAUUCUCCAGUGCAUAGUGUGCGAUGAUUUGCUUACCUUUUUUUUUUUUAUUCUUUCUGGACUUGGCGUGUGUUGAGCAUUAGAAGGUUGUACCCGAAUGACGGGGUAAGGAAUUGCACAGCACCAUAUUUUUGGAUCCAUGUUACUGUAGUCGUGUGAAGGAGCACCAAAAGAUGGAAUAAACGUGAAGGAAAGGA